UUGGAUCCUAAAAAGCUCGAAACGACUGCAUCAUGGUUGUCCAUGAACACGGAUUACGCCUAUACAUUGGUUGGAAAGGACGGAGCCGAUGAAUUUGUUAAACGUCACUUCGCUGAUGAACCGAGCAUCGUGGAAGCAUACAAUAAAGCCCCAAAUGUUGGCAUGAAGUCAGACCUCCUUCGGUAUCUCAUUCUGGCGAUCAAAGGUGGCGUCUACACCGACACUGACACUAUCGCCCUUAAGCCUAUCCAGAAGUGGGUGCCACCAGAGCUCCAAGGUGAGGUUAGCUUGAUCGUUGGCAUCGAGUUCGACCGACGAAACGGCGGGGCUUGGGCGGAUACAUCUCAUUGGCUCCAGUUCUGUCAGUGGACAAUUGCAGCUGUCCCCGGACAUCGUGUCUUCAGGAAGAUGACUAGGCGUGAUGUCCAGUCAAUGGAGGACUUGUCACGCAAGCACAAUGUCACAGUUGAUCAGCUGAAGCCAGGCAGCUUUGAGGUCAUGAACUCUACAGGUCCAGCGGCUUGGACAGACGUCGUGUUUGAGCAAUUGCAAGAAUAUGACUCUACUCUCAACACCACCAAGGAUCUUUCAUUCAUGACAGAGCCGAAGCUGUAUGGCGAUAUACUGGUCCUGACAAUUGAUGGGUUUGGCAUGGGCCAGGUUCAUUCGCACAGCACACAUGACGGAAGCAUUCCCGAGGCUGCUUUAAUAAAGCAUCGUUUCCGGGGGUCUUGGAGAGGUAGUUAA